CGGGUUGAAGCCCGCCAUUUGACGAGGACCAGUCGCGGAAGGCAGAGGGGAAGGCUGCCCCGGGCGGAAGACCAGGGCUGUCCGGCUCCACCAUGGCUGCCGCGGUCCGCGCCGCGCGCUGCCUUCCUGUUCUGUGCGGCUUGCCGGCCGGUCAUUUAUGGGCCAGGCAGCUUUUCCUAAACACUUUUCCAACAACUUCCAUUUUGGCGUUCAAGACUGCCAUCAGCAGCGGCCCUUUGUCAUCUCCGGGAACCAGAGGCAACCAUCAUUACGCCAGCUUGACCCAUGCGCUGCAGACACAAUGCUGCAUUUAUUCUCCCAGUAGCUGGAUGGGCCAACAGUAUAGACCCUAUAGUUUCUUUACUAAAUUGACAGCAGAUGAGCUCUGGAAAGGUGCUUUGGCAGAGACUGGUGCUGGGGCAAGAAAAGGAAGAGGCAAAAGAGCUAAGAAAAGGAGAAGAAAGGAUUUGAACAGGGGCCAGAUCGUUGGUGAAGGCCGUUCUGGUUUCCUCUGGCCUGGUCUGAACGUCCCUCUUAUGAGAAAUGGAACAGUGCAGAGCAUUGCCCAGAGAAGCAAGGAGGAGCAGGAGAAGGUCGAGGCCAGCAUAGUCCAGCAGAGAGAAGAGUGGGAACGGAGGAAGAAAAUUAAGGUUAAACGGGAGCGAGGAUGGAGCGGGAACACCUGGGGAGGCGUCAGUCUUGGCCCCCCUGACCCUGGUCCCAAUGGAGAAACAUAUGAGGAUUUUGAUACCAGGAUACUUGAGGUAAAAAAUGUUUUCAAUAUGACAGCCAAAGAGGGAAGAAAGAAAUCAGUCCGUGUGCUGGUAGCUGUGGGGAACGGAAGAGGCGCCGCAGGUUUUGCCGUUGGGAAGGCUGCUGAACGGAUGGACGCUUUCAGAAAAGCAAAGAACAAAGCAGUUAACUUUUUGCAUUACAUAGAACGCUACGGAGACCACACGAUCUUCCAUGAUGUUUCCUUAACGUUUAAAAGGACGCAUAUCAAGAUGAAGAAACAGCCCAGAGGUUACGGCCUCCGCUGCCAUCGGGCCAUCAUUACCAUGUGCCGACUCAUUGGCAUCAAAGACAUGUAUGCAAAAGUGUCUGGGUCCGUCAAUAUGCUCAAUCUCACCCGGGGCUUCUUCCAUGGACUCUCCCACCAGGAGACUCAUCAACAGCUGGCUGAUAAGAAGGGGCUCCAUGUUGUGGAAUUCCGGGAGGAGUGUGGCCCUCUGCCCAUCGUGGUUGCCUCCCCACAGAGCGCCUUGAGAAAGGACCCAGAGCCAGAAGACGAGGUUCCUGAUACCAGACUGGACUGGGACGACGUGAAAACUGCGCAGGGCAUGAAGCGCUCUGUGUGGUCAGGGUUAAAAAGAGCCGCCACCUGAGCGUCCACCCCUCUGGCCUUACCGCAGCAGUGUCUGGCGCUGCCGAGCACCUGGCAGAGACCUAGCGCCUCACGCCUUGGCACCCCACGUUGGUGUUUUUAAGAAAAGGCCAACCUUAUGUCCUUUAUUUACAAAGAAUAAAUAAUUACAACUUU